GCGAGGGCGGCGGAGCGCCCGAGGCCGGGAGAACGGAGCUGGCGCCCUCGCCCCGCGCUCACCUGGGCCGCACGCGCCAUCGCGCCCCGCCACCUCCGCUUCCGCAGCGUUGUCGCCGUCCUCGCACAGCGGGCCCGACAGCUCCGAGCCCGGGGAAAACCUCUCCCCUCCAAGCCCCGUGCGGGAACCGCCGCCCGCCGUCUGUCCCAGGGAAUACGUACGGUCGGCCCGGCCGCGCGUCGCCUCGGGCUUUGCGACGCUGCCGUAAAGCCAACCUUCCCACUGUCGCGAUCCUGCCGUACGCGCGGGCCAUGGCGGCUUUGCGGCCCGGAAGCAAAGCGCUUCGCCGGCUUCUCUGCCGGUCCUUCUCAGGCGGCGGCGUUAGGCUGGCCCGGGAGCGCCCUACCGAUCACAAGGAGGCGGCGUCCAGCCGGGUCUCAAGAUUCUGCCCUCCAAGACAGUCUUGCCAUGAUUGGAUAGGCCCCCCAGACAGAUACUCAAACCUUCGUCCUGUUCAUUUUCACAUCCCUGACAAUGAGUCUCCCUUGGAGCGAAGGCUUAGAGAAUUGAGACAAGAAACACAAGAAUGGAAUCAGCAGUUCUGGGCCAAGCAGAAUUUAUCCUUUAAUAAGGAGAAAGAAGCAUUCAUUUACUCAAGACUACAAGCUAAAGGCUCAGGCCUGCGGACCGAGUCAGGCCAAAGAGCAACGCUGGAUGCAGAGGAGAUGGCCGACUUCUAUAAGGACUUUCUGAGUAAGAAUUUCCAGAAGCAUAUGUGCUAUAACCGAGACUGGUACAAGCGUAAUUUUGCCAUCACUUUCUUCAUGGGGAAGGUGGCCCUGGAAAGGAUGUGGAGCAAGCUGAAGCAGAAGCAAAAGAAGACAAGCAGUUAGGAGGAGCCCACCCGGAUCUGACCCACAGCACCAGUCUCCACUUACAAGGCCCUGGGAACUAAGUGAGCACAAGUCCCUGGGCUGCGUGCAGACCCUUCCUGACAGUGCUUGCCCAACUGGCUCGGGCUCAUCAGUAUACUGUGUGUAUGCUUAUUGUCUGUAUUUUGAGUUAUACCAAUUCAGAAUAUAGCAAUGUAAAAAUGUGAAUAAAGUUUCACUACAAGAAUUUAAACCACUGC